UACAGACCAUGCUUCUUCAACUGAUAUGCUAGUAUCUACUAACCAAUCUGUCUUGGCAGCGCAUUCCUGAAUGGCUGAUAUGUUAGCUUUCCAUACAUUUGGGCGAGGUGUAACCUGAUCAUAUAACAUGUCCCUAGUUCUAAACGCGAAUGACAAAACAGCGUGAUCGCUGUUUACUAACGGUGGAAGAAUAUUUAAGUCGACAAUAUCCUCAGUCUCAUGAGUGAUUACCAAAUCCAGCAGAGAAGAACCCUGGUUUUGUUUUUCAUGUUCCUUAUAACUCGUCUUCCCGCAGUAAACAAAUCCCGAGUUUCAUUCUGUAACAACUCUUGAAGAAAGAUUAUCAAGGUGUUAAAUAUAUAGAGAAUUACUCCAAAGUAUGCUCAAACUUUGAUUGUUUGUCUCUUAGCUAAGGACUUCACUCAGGGAAAGAGGUAUUCUCACUAUUUAAUAAAUCCCUUAAAAACUUUUUCAAUGUUCAUUAUGGUACCAAUUACACCGAAAAACUAAAUUUGUUUUCCUUUGACUAACCUCACUGAGUAAUAUAUCGUUCGUUUAUGUCUCUUUAAGAUCAAUACAAAAAUGUGUAACUAUUUCUCAUCUGUUGAGGUGAAAUAUAUGUCACGUAACAUUGAUUUAUGAUAAGUAAUUUUCUUCAACCUGUUCGCGAAAUCAGACAACGGUUUUACGACUACAACAUCCGUACUCUUGUGUACUGCCUUCAUUUAUAUCACCUUUUAUUUCUUUAGUUUAGACUAACGUUCUCGUUACAUGCAUUAUUCUCCUUAGAAAUUAUAGUACAAACUUUACACAACUAAAAAACGUGACUAAACAUUUGUUAUAAUGUCAUAUAUCUCUAGUUAAGCCAUUUAAUAGAAAUUAGAUGGAAUGAAAUAAAUGGAACACCAGGUUGUAUAGUUAUCACACUAGUUACUAUACUGUUGGCAUCUUAAGACAUUAUUCAAAAACGAAAAUUCAGAUCACAAUAAAUGCAUAGUUCGCAACUCGUGAAUGGGUGUUUAGUCAACGUUAAGUUGGUUAUCCAGCAACAAGUAUUCAUAAAUAAUUCGUAAUUACCUAAAUCACCUUCAGCUCAAAUUGUUCUAACCCCUUGUUUCUCUUUUUUUUUGACAAAAACACAUGUAACUACACGUAACUACAGCUCUCCCUUUCUUCAAUGAAUAAUAAAAGAUCAAAUGAUGUUAGUAUCAUUCCUAAAUCAGAUAUUCGUCAAUUGAUUAGAGUUACAAAGCCACAAGCUCAACGGACUAUUGAUCAUCCUCAUGUGAGAUAUAAUCAACUCGGUCGGAUAUCAUGCAUUUUAUGUGGUGUGCAAAUCAAAUCAGAAUUUGCUUGGACUGCACAUAUACUCAGCAAGUCGCAUAAACAAAACGAACUACGUGGAAUCCAAUUGCCCAUUAAACGUCCUACUACAGGAGCCAAAGCAAUUGACGAGGUAACUUGUAAAUCGGCGAAAGUUGAAAACGAAGUUAAGUCAGACGAGAAAGAUUCGGAUGCUAACCAACACAACAACUUACCAACGUUAAUUCCCAGUAAAAAAAUAUGUGAAAAAAAUCCUGCAGAGAAAAAAGUAGAAUCGCAAUCUCAACUUCCAGAAGGUUUUUUUGAUGACCGAUAUAAGGAUGCAAAAGUUCGAUGUGUUCCAUAUAAGGAUAAAAUGGCAGAAGAGUUGGAACUUUUUCAAAAAGAAAUGAUUGCUCUGGAGAAGCACUCAGAAGAAAUCAUGGAAAAAGAAAGUGAAGCAUCAGUAUCUGAACGAAAUUUGGCUGAAAUAAAUGAACAAAUAAUGAAAUGGGAAAAAAUCAAACAAUUAGAAAAUGAAAAAGAUUUAUACGAAAUGCGAUUAAAGAAAAAACUAACAGACAGUAUAAAUCAAUUUAAAAAACUCGAAAACCAUGUAGACAUCAAGAUAAAAAAGGAACAAUGCUACACAGAAGACGAUGGUGACGGUGAUUAUAAUAAUAAUAAUCAUGGUGGUGAUGAUGAUGAUGAUGAUGAUGAUGAUGAUAAUGAUGAUGAUGAAGAAGACAAUAUCUCCGAUGAAUUAAAUAAUUUCCGAACAAAAAAUACAAUUUAAAUGAAAUAACGAAAGACAUUGUCUUUUCCUGUGUUCUUUUUCACAUACAUACAUAACUAUUUCUGUAUAUAUGUGUUUAUGGAAUGAGUGCGUAUCAUGUUAUUUGUAAUGUAAA